AUGUCAAGUAGAGUGAUUAAAGAGAAUCAAAAGUUAGUAUUGAGUUUGUAUCGUAGAUGUCUACGAUCAGCAUUACAAUGUCCAAAGUUUUCGAAUCGUGAAAUGAUGUUAAAGUAUACUAGAUCAAAGUUUGGUGAUAAUAAGGAAUACAAUGUAAAGGAUUUUGAUACAGUUGAACUAUUAUUGAAACAAGGUGAAGAGGAAUUAACAUCGAUGAAUCAAUAUCAUCAAAUGAGAGAAUUGAAAAAGAAAGGUGAAGAACCAGAUCACGAUAAAAUAUUUGGUGUUGAUCAUUAA